AUGGUCUCCCCCAUGGUCACCCCAAUGGUGUCCUCCUGGACCAGAGACCCUGCAGGCACGGCUCAGACCACGUCCAUCAGCACGUUGUACGUGGCUCUAACACUACACGCAGGAGAACCACAAAUGGAGGCGCGGACGGUGCUCCUGGUGGACUUCCUCCGCUACGUGGAGGACGCAGGUCUGCAGACGUACGAUGGCCUGGUCAUCCAGAACGCCUCCGACAUCUCCAGAGAGAGCGACCGGGUCAGGGUCCAAAACAAUGUCCAGAGAGGAGAAAGGAGGAGAGAGGAGCGAGGAGGAGAAAGGAGGAGGCAGGAGGCCACACACAGGCUGGGCUUCAUGACCAUGCCCUUUCCCCAGGAUCGGGCUCCUUCUCUGGGCUUCAGCGUUCGCUCUCAGUCACUUCACUCGGUCCAGGACGAACCAACCAAUCAGAACCACUGGGACCCCGACGAUCCGACCAAUCAGGGCCAGUGGGACAUAGACGACCCGACCAAUCAGGGCUUGAGGAAACGGCCGCCGCCCAAACCAAGACGCAACCCGGCGACCAAACUGAGCAGCUCCGACAUCGAGGGCUUUAAUGAAGGUUUUGUCGGGGAGAAGCUUCCCCCUCCCAAACCCCAGAGGAACCCCUGCACCCAGCUCAGCUCCUGCUUCGACCAGUCACAGAGCAGUAACCAUAACGACGGGAGGCCUCUGGACCAAUCAGGCGAAGAGGAGCCGGUCUACAUCGAGAUGGGCCCUAAACCCGAGCCGGACGAGGGCGUCUACGAGGAGAUGAUCUUCGCCUCCGAGUCCAGUCCCAGGCCGAAGACAGUCCCCACGCCGUUCCCCAACCUUCUGAGUCACAGGGCGCCUCUGCUGAGUCUCCCCCAGAAUGCUCCGGCCCAGACCCCGACUGUGAGUCUCCCCCAGGCCCUCCCCCCGACCCAGAGCCAGACAUCCCCCCAGACCUCCGACGAGUCCCCCCUCACCCCCCUGGAAACCGCUCUGGGACAGUUCUUCCACCAGGAGCUGAAGAAGAAUCCCAGAGCUGAGGCCCGGGUCCGCAGGACGUCAGACCCGCUCCAGGACCCGGAGCGAGGCCUAUUUAAACCAGAGUGGAGCCACAGCGUAGACCGGAUUCGACCCGAGACCCGGCGGGACCCCAGGAGCCAGAGCGUGGACCAGAUCCACCCUGAGACCCGGCGCGACCCCAGGAGUCGGCGCCUGGACUCAGAGCCGGACCUGAGACCUGAGCAGAGACAGUACUACAGUCUGCGGCGAGACCCGACAGGCCGUGAGCACAAGCGCGACCUGCGGGACCCACGGAAGGGCAUCCGGGUCGAACAGCGGCGAGAGCGCAGUCUGGAGAGUCUGCCUCAGGACUCACACAAGGACUCAGACUUCACUGUGACCAGUUCUGGUCGAGCGUCUGCACCGCCUCUGACCUGCCGCUCAGGCCCCUCCCCCAUCCCCCACAGCUACAGACGUAGCCAAUCAGCAUGCCCCUCACCGGUGAAGCGCCCGCCUCCCUAUGAUGUCAUCAUGAUGUCAUCAGCAGUGUCCCAUGGAGGUCACAUGACCCAAAGAGCCAGAGGAUCAGAGUCGGGGUUCACAGUGAGAUCAACUCAGAACCAGGUCCAGAACCAGGUCCAGAACCAAACAGAGUCUUUCCACACUCAGGUACCAACUCUAACUGCAUCAAAAACCUUGAGCCUAAACCCUGACCCAGAGCCUGGUUCUGACCCGGAUCUGGGAGAGAGAGGCUCCAUGAGUCUGGCUCCCUGGUACUAUGGCGGCCUCCCAGUGUGUGUGGGGGCCCCUGGAGGCGGUCUCCCGGUCUGGGCCCCUGGUGUCUGCGUGGGGGCCCCUGGUGUCUGUGUAGGAUCCCGAGCUGCAGAGAUGUUGAUGCGGGACACGAUGGAGAGAAAAAGACUUCUGUGCUGUGAGAUCCGGAGAGUGAGGAGACCACCUCCAUACAGCACCACAGCGCCACCUAGAGCCCGCACCUGGGACUCUGAGAUAUGA